UUGUGCGCUAUUAUAAAUUCUCCCCACAAAAUGCCACCACCGGUUAGAAUUAGGGUUUUGUAAAUACACACACACACACCUUCUUAUCAGCUUAUGGAAUUUGACGGAAGCCUUGACUUUCUGGACACCGGCGUUGACGUGAUCGGAGACAUCGACUGGGAUUUCGUAUUCGACGACGCGAAUGGGUUAGGUCUGCUCAGCCCGACCCUCACGCCGGCGGGGGACGGGGCUUCGCCUUCUUCCUCGUCGUCAUCGACGGUGGAGAAUUCUCCGGCGAUCGCGGCGACCGGAUCGAUGGACACGUGGAUCGGCGAGGUGGAGGACAUGCUGAUGAAAGACGACGACGUCAGCAAGGUGGCUUCGGAGGAGCCGCCGAAGGAGUAUUAUGAGAAUUUUCUGGCGGAUGUACUCGUCGACUCGCCGCCGCCGGUGGCGGAGUCUCCGGCCGACGUGGACUCGAAUUCGAACGGCUCCGCCGAGUCGGAGAAGGAGAAAACCGACGGGUCGCCGUUGAAUAAUGAUACGGACGCUGACGCUGACGAUCAUGUCUCCAAGAAACGGAGAAGGCAGCUGAGAAAUAAGGAUGCUGCGAUGAGAUCAAGGGAGAGGAGAAAAAUGUAUGUCACAGAUCUGGAGAUGAAAAGCAAGUAUUUGGAAGGCGAAUGCAGGAGGCUGGGGCGUUUGCUUCAGUGCUGCUAUGCCGAGAACCAUGCUUUGCGACUUAGUCUACAGAUGGGCAAUGCAUGUGGCCGUGAUGUUUCUGGUACCAAGCAGGAGUCUGCUGUGCUCUUGUUGGAACUCCUGCUGUUGGGUUCCCUGCUUUGGUUCCUGGACUCCAUGUGCCUAUUUACCCUGCCUCUAAUGCCCCACCUGCUACUACUAACUCUAAAUCAAGAGCAGGCAAACAAAGCUCUAGAAGGUGUGGGUCCAAGAGCAAGAGGGGAAGCAAAUAAGAUGGUCUUGGCGCUUCAGUCUCAAUCUUUUGUAAUGACUAGGAGGUGUAAGGCCUCCAGGACGAAGAUGAAAUAUGCUAUUUUUGUCUCUUGAGUAUCUGACUGAGCUCUGCUCUCCCCUCCCUCAAACAUGAAGAACUACAAGAACUACUGUGAUGGACUCGGCCGUAUAGCUGGUUCUAUGUUCGUUUUUUUUUUUUCCUUCAAUGCUGGUUCUUUAGGUAUUAGGUGUAUUAUGUUUAAAUCCUGGCAGAGAGAACUAUUUGAACCAUGAUCUAUGUGUAGUAUGUUGUUAGGUAUGUAUGAAACCUUGCAACUCUGCUCUUUAUCACUUUGGAUAUGUCAAAUAUAUUUCGAUUUUCUUCGUACA